AAAGUUGAUCAAACUUUUGAAAAAUUGAAAGACAGCAAAAACAAAAUGCUUUCAAAACUGAAAGUAUUAAAAACUUUAGAAAAAAAUAUAGUCUCGUCACCACUCGGAGUUCAUGAACGCUCCAUUUUUAUUGAAAAUGUGGAGUUGAAUACGACAGUAAAUGAAUUGAAACUCCAUUUCAAAGCAUGCGGCCCAAUAGUUAGGGCUACCAUCAUCAGUGACAAGCUUACUGGUCAACCAAAAGGUUAUGCGUAUAUGGAAUUUUGGAACAAAAGUUCCAUCGACCUCGCCAUGACACUAAACGGUUCAUUUUUAAGAGGAAGAACAAUUAAAGUCAUGUGUAAAAGACCAAAUAAACACCAGUUGACGACAACAACAAAA